AUGGCGUUAUCUCACUCUCUAGUACGGCACCUCCGGCCCUUGGCCAACUCUACGAGGAUCCUACGCUCCACUACGAAUGGCAGCAACGUUCUCGGAAACCAAUCCUCGCGACGUACAGCGCCGAUAGCGCUCGUCCUCCAAUCACGAUGGCAAUCCGGGCCUCCGCAGCCGCCGUCGGCUGGCGGUGCGAGCGACUAUCAAUACGGUCCCGCAAACGAUCUACAGCCGCAACCCCACACACAGCACAAGGGGGAUGAAGACCACGGCAGCCCCCGAGGGAACGCAACAGGUGAAGCCGGAGAAGGGGGAGGCGACGGUAAAGGCGCAGGAACUCACAGCAACACCGCAGGCACGGCUUGGAAGAUGUUCGAAUCGGCGGCUACUACUGCUGCGUCGCUUUCGAUUCUCGGACUCGCGGGAUACGGAUACCACAAAUACUACAAGCACCUCGUGCUUCAGAAGAUCGACAAUGCUUUCAAUCAAGGCGAUCCCGCGCUGAACCUCGCCCGAGCAGGCCACAACGACCCAUGGGUCGAGCUGAAGCAACAGGCGAGGCUGAACGAUAUCAUCGAUGGGAAUGAUCACGGCCAUUACUAUCUACUCAUUGGAGAGAAGGCUGCUGACCGGUUUCAGGGAACGGGCAAAACCUCAAUGCUUUUAAGCGCCAUGCAUCGCACCCAAGGAGAAGCGUGUUCGAUGAUGGAGGCACAUGCCGACCCGGAGAUCUUCCGGCUGCGACUUGGGAAAGCAUUGGACUUCGAGUUCCAUGAGGAUUACAUUGGAUCCCUCUUCUCUAUCCGAGGCCCACGUGAAACCACCGCUUUGCUGGACAUCGAACGAGCCUUCAACAAGCUGGAGAAGGUUGCAUUGAUGCGUCGGAAGAAGACCGGAAAGCCGCUGGUUAUGAUCAUCAACGGGAUGCACAUGAUCCACGACGACGAGGUCGGCAGGGAUCUCUUGGAACUGCUGCAACAACGGGCCGAGGGGUGGGCUGCUGCGGGACUCGUUACUAUGGUUUUCAACAGCGAUGACUACUGGGUCUAUGAGCGGAUGAAGCAAUAUGGCUCGAGGAUGGAACUGAUCGCAGUUCGUGAUCUAUCCAAGCAGCAGGCCAUUAAAGCACUAAAAGUGCUCAGGCGCAAGACCAGAUUCGCCCUUCCCGAGGAUGAGCAGCUCUUCAGUCAAGUGUACGAUCUUGUCGGAGGCAGAUUGGCAUUUCUCACUAAGGUGGCGAAAUCCGAGAACAUGCUCAGAAAAUGCCAUGCCAUUUGCCAGGCCGAGAAGACAUGGUUCCUCAGCCAAUGUUGGAUCCUAGGUAUGGAAAUGGAUGACGAUGUCAUGAACCAGCAGAAGUAUGCGUCUUCGGCCAUGCUGCUAGUCAAAGCCCUCGUCGAUAAAGAAAACGAAGAGGGUGCUAAAAGCUCAGACGGUAAAUUCGCCGAAAAGCUACCAUCGAUCCCAAUGCACGAAGCAAGACAGAUCAUGACACGUGCCGAUUUCGUACAGCAGUAUGACCACCACAACAUCUUCACGAUCGAUUCCAAAGCCAUGGUCCGAGCCGACAGUGUUCCGAUGAUGCACGCUUUCCGUGACAUCGUCAAUGAGAACGUUGACGACAAGUCGUUCGCGGUAUUUCUGGAAGAGACCAUGGAGAGGAUCAGCGAUAUCGAGAGCUUGGGGCGAACUCGCGAGGUCACCCUUAAGGACCUGUGGAACGGUGGAAAGUACAACUUUACUGUCAAGGACUCCAAGGGCCGGACCGACAAGACCCUCACUUUUGACGUCUCGAGGGGCUUCAAGGGAAUUCACGGUGACGAAACCGAGGGCGAUGAUGAUGAUGAUGAGGAAGGUAAUACCAAGAAGUAA